CGACAGCAACAAAUUCAAAUUCAAAAAAUAAAAAAUCUUUAUCCAGACGAAUCGUUCCUCCUUAUGUAUCGACACCACCAUCAUUAUCACCACAUCCACAUUCAACUAUUUCGACUGAAUCAUCAUCAUUAAAAUUUCAACCAGGUAUUAAUCAUAUUUAUCGUUUAGCACAAUCUGCAAAUGGACAUUCAGUUGUUAUAAAAGAUCGUACACAACCGUUAUUAUCGAAUGGACAUUAUCAUCAUCAUCAUUCAUCAUCAACAAGUCAUAUGACCAUGAAUGGUCAUUCAGGAAUAAAAUCUGAUCGUCUAACAACAAUGAAUUAUAAUUAUCUGAAUAGUGCACAAAAACUUUUACAUGAAAAUCAAGCACUUUUGGAUGAAACUGCACAACAAAUGGCUAGAACACAUUAUUAUUCUACAUUGAAUAAUGGUGGUAGUAGUGAUCUUUAUCCGGGUAAAACAAUGAUAACCACCGCAACCAGCGAAAAAAUUAUCAAUCCAAAAUCAAAAUGGUUAAAAUAUCAACAAAAACAUUAUAAUUUUUUUAAUCGUUUUGAUUCGAUGCUUCGUAUUUUGGUCAAUCUGGUUGAAUAUUUAGAUUUUAAAGAUAUUCUGAAUUUACGACUAGUUAAUCGACAUUGGUCACAUUUAUUAUCCAAAUCAAUAAUAUGGAAAAAUUUACAUUUAAAUGGUACGCCGAUAUUGGAUUGGAAAAAAUUCGCCGAUACUAUUCAUGGAUCAAAAUUUUGGUUACGUUCGAUUGAUUUUACCGGGAUUCGUAUUGUGCUGAAUCAACAACAACAAUCCGGAAAUCUAACAAGAAAUGAAAAAAUUAAUCAAUUUUGGAAUGGAUUUGAACAAAUAUUACCAGAAAUUUCUGAAAUUGAAUCACUUCGAUUUGGUUCGGUACCAUUAUUUAUAAUUGAAAAUUUAAUGAAUUCAUUCGAAAAACAAUCAUUUAGUCGAAUUCAUACGUUGAUAGUAUCGAAUAUAUUCGAUACCACUGAUUCGAAUCAACAAUUUUGUACGUUGAAAUUUUUAUCCAAAAUUUCUUCGAUCAAUCAAUCAUUGAAAACAUUGAAAUUAAAUUCAAAUAAUGGAUUAAUAUUAUCGACGAAUGAUCAACAAUCAACAGUUUUUUCAGCUUUAAAACAACUCACCCGACUGCAAACAUUUGAAUGUUUAUCAUUGAAAAAUUUUUCAAUCGAUCAAUUUGCUCAAUUAUUUUCUAAUCUAAAUCGAAUUGAUUUAAAACAAUUAUCCAUUGGUAAUUGUUCAACAUGGUUUCAACCAAAUGAAAAUGAAACAAAAGUUGAUACAUUAUUUGAAAAUUUAUCCAAAUUUUCAAAUUUAAUUACAUUACGUUUACGUGAUGUUAAUAUAAAUUCAAUUCAUUCAAGUCAUUUAGUUAAUCUAUUUGAAUAUUUAAUUAUUGUAGAGAAUUUAUCAUUGGAAAAUUUGGUUAUUGAAAAAUCUGCCAAACAAAAUUGGACAUCAUUAUUAUCAAUGUUAAAAUCAUUACCAUUAAGAUAUUUUCAUUUAUCAUCAUAUGAAUCAUUUUCAAAUCGUACAAUAUUUGAAUCAUUAAUACAAUUAUUAUCAUCACAAAAACGUAAAUAUUUACAUAUUCAUUGGUCAAUAACGGUAGAUAUUGAUGAUAUGGGACAUUGUUGGGUACCAUUAUCACUGAAAUCAUUCAAUAAACAUUUUGAAUCAAAUGAUAAUGAUGAACAAGAUUUCGUUUCCCCGUUAGUUAGAAAAUUCUGGUCUAUAGAUAUAAACAAAAUACUUUUUUGUAAAUAUUUAGCAUCAAAUAUAUAAAAAAUUCCAAAAAAA